CAUCCUCACCAUACACGGUGUUGACACUGCACUGCUUCCCCUUCCUGAGGCGGCGGAAGUCGUUUUCCAUGGCUUCCCCGAACUCCUCCCAUGUCCGAGUUUUUGCCUCCGCGACCGCUGAAGCCGCAAACCGCUUGGCCUGUCGGUACCUGUCUGCUGCCUCAGGAGUCCUAUGAGCCAAAAGAACCCGAUAGGACUCCUUCUUCAGCUUGACGGCAUCCUUCACCGCUAUAACUCUUUUGUGUGAAUGAGUGUGAAUGAGGGAGGGAGGUUUUUUGGGUUGGUGCACUCAUUCUAAGUGUAUCUUGUGUUUUUUAUGUUGAUUUAAUAAAUAAAAAAAUAAAAACAAACAAAACAAAAAAAAAACGAUACCGACAAUAAAAAAAACGAUCCCGAUAAUUUCCGAUAUUACAUUUGCCAAUAUUAUCGGACAUCUCUAAUUGUCACACACCUGUGCCUGUGCCCAGGUGUGUCUUGUGUUAAAAUAAUUAUGCGGCAUAGCUCGGUUGGUAGAGCGGUUGUGCCAGCAACUUGAGGGUUCCAGGUUCAAUCCCCGCUUCCACCAUUCAAGUCACUGCCCACCUGCUCCCAGUGACACCCACACUGCUUUGAAUUUCGCUUAGAUAUUGGCUUUCACUAUGUAAAGCGCUUUGAGUCACUAGAAAAAAUCGCUAUAUAAAUAUAAUUCACUUCAUCAUGACUUUAUGCUUAAGGGCCGUCACUAUAAAUGAUUGUCAAUUGUGCUGAAGUGGUAUUUUGUAUCUGUGCAAAGCUGGCAAUCCAAAAGACUUUCCAGAAGACUUUAUCAGUGUCGACCUGCUGACGGCCAAGGCUGAACGCCGCCGUGACGCAGACAGCGCAGACAAUCAUAUAUUGUGUCUAACUAGACUUGUGGAGGUUACCACCUUCCCUCAGCGACAGCUUCAGUGAUGUAACCAGGGACCUUCCAAAUAAAUAGAGGAGGCGCGCGGGCUGGACUUUUAGAACGUAGUUAACUAGAAUACAGCCCUAAACACGUGUCUCCUCCAGCUACAUUGAACUCUGUCUCUGCAUGAUUCCUUGCUUCUUGUCUGCUUAUUAGAUGUCAUCAGUGUUUCAACCUGACACUUGUCACUAAGGAUGGUCACACACCUGUGCCCGUGCCCAGGUGGGUCUUGUCACUAAGGAUGGUCACACACCUGUGCCCAUGCCCAGGUGGGUCUUGUCACUAAGGAUGGUCACACACCUGUGCCCAUGCCCAGGUGGGUCUUGUCACUAAGGACUAGGACACUUCCUUCUUCCUUUGCACAACAUCUCAAGUGCUGUGAAGCCUACCAUAAACAAGCCGGCCCAUCAAACACCACCCAGGACUCCUGUGCCGUCCACAAGGACCAGACCGGGACCAACAGGACCGGGACUUGUCCUCAUGGCUGGACCUACGACCAAUCAGAGUUCACCUCCACCACCGCCACUGAGUGGGACCUGGUGUGUGAGCAGAGAACAUUCAACCAGGCCUUGGCCACCUACUUCUUCCUUGGGGUGACCUUGGGCGCCAUCUUGUUUGGAUACCUCUCUGACAAGUUCGGACGUAAGCGGAUGUUGGUGAUGGCGUUGGCGGGCGUCACCACGAUGGGCGUGACUUCGGCUUUUUCCAACUCUUACAUCAUGUUCGCCGUGUUGCGGGUGAUCAGUGGCGCCGGACUUGGCGGCAUGUCCAUUAUCAGCACGGUCCUGGGCUUGGAGUGGACAGACGUGGAGCAUCGCAACUUAAUGAGCACCGGGAUCAGCCUGGCGUGGUGCGUGGGCAACAUGCUGCUCGCCCUCCUCGCCUACGUCAUCCGAGACUGGCGCCACCUGAUGCUGGCGGUCACGGCGCCCUGCUUGCUUUCUCUCUUCAGCUGCUGGUGGCUGCCCGAGUCGGCCCGCUGGCUGCUGACCAAGGGCAGGAGUGGUGAGGCCCGCCAGCUCCUGCUGCGCUGCGCCAAGGUGAACAGGAAGGACCCCGGCAAGCUGGAAGCGGACCUGGUGACCCUGGUGACGCUGCCCCAGGUGUCGCACUCCUACCUGCAACUGUUCACCACACCUGAGUUGAGGAAGAUCACGCUGGUCUCGGGAGUCUUCUGGUUUUCCGUGGGCUUCCUGUACUACGCCAUCAGCUUGAGGAUCUCAGGCUUUGGAGUCAACAUCUACCUGACUCACUUAAUCUACGCCGCCAUCGAACCUCCCGCCAAGAUCCUCGCCUACUUCUUGCUGGACCGCAUUGGACGGCGCAAUGGCCAGGCCAGCUUCCUGAUCACCACUGGACUUCUGAUUGCCCUCAACACCACCAUCCCACUAGAGUUGUGGCAGGUGCGCACCUGUAUCGCCGUGUUGGCCAAAGGCUUCUGUGAGGCGGCCUUCACUACUGCCUUCCUGUACUCGGCGGAACUCUACCCCACUGUCCUUAGGCUGGUGGUCAUCAUCGCCAUGAUGACAUCAUCACUCCUGCUGUUGGCGUGUUUGAACCUGGCGUGCUCACAGGCUCCUCCCACCAACCACACGCCGACCAAUCACAGCAAAUGUGGCGGCAGCAGCGAGUGCAAAGAUGGCGUCAUCUUGUCGGUGUGGCGGCCGGAAGACCCCGCCUUCUCCGAGCGAGUGGCUCGGGCCAGCAUCUAUUUUGCGGGCCUGGCGUACAUGUUCCUGGGCGUGUCCAUCAUCGCCGACCGCUUCAUGGCGUCCAUCCAGGUCAUCACGUCCCAGGAGAGGCGGGUCACCAUCAAGAACGCCAACGGCCAGAAGGAGACCGCCACCGUGAGGGUCUGGAACGAGACCGUGUCCAACCUGACCCUCAUGGCGCUGGGCUCCUCGGCGCCAGAAAUCCUUCUGUCCGUGGUGGAAGUCUGCGGUCACAACUUUGACGCCGGCGAGCUGGGCCCCAACACCAUCGUGGGAAGCGCCGCCUUUAACAUGUUCGUCAUCAUCGGCCUCUGCGUCUACGUCAUCCCCGACGGGCAAACGCGGCGAGUCAAACACUUGCGCGUCUUCUUCGUCACGGCCGCCUGGAGCGUCUUCGCCUACACCUGGCUCUACCUCAUCCUGGCCGUAUUCUCGCCGGGCGUCGUUCAGAUCUGGGAGGGGCUUCUCACGCUCUUCUUCUUUCCCGUGUGCGUGGGCUUGGCGUACGUCGCCGACCGCCGCCUGCUCUUCUACAAGUACGUGUACAAGCGCUACCGAGCCGGGAAGCACAGGGGCGUCAUUAUCGAGACCGAAGGCCGGCCGGAUUCUCCCUCCAAAGCUGACGUGGAAAUGAAUGUUGGAAGCUUCCUGCCAGGGGGCCAGGAUCUGCGACGGGGCGAAGAGCUUCGACAGGGUGAGGAAAUGCAACGGGGCAGGGAGCCACCGCGGAGCAAGGAGGAGCUGCAAAGGGACGAAGAGCUUCUGCAGGGUGGGGAGCUUCUGCAGGGUGGGGAGCUGCAACGGGGCAGGGAGCCACCGCGGAGUAAGGAGGAGCUGCAAAGGGACGAAGAGUUUCUGCAGGGUGGGGAGCUGCAACGGUGCAGGGAGCCACCGCAGGGCAAGGAGGAGCUGCCGAGUGGCGAGCGUGGCUUGAGAUCGGAAGAAGCGGAGUUGAAAGCGAAGCAGCUGAUGGCGUUCAACACGACAGGAACAGCCGACGUCCCAAAGAAGAUGGCGACCCACCAGACAAGAACAAACAGGUCCUCCUGCGAGGUCUUCUUCCAGUCCUCCAGCUAUCAAUGUGUGGAGAACUGCGGCAGCGUGGCGUUGAACGUGGUUCGACGAGGCGGCGGCCUCAGCGCGACGGUCGCCGUGGACUACCACACACAAGACGGCACCGCCAUCGCCGGGUCAGACUACCGCUCGGCCCGCGGAACCUUGGUGUUCGCAGCAGGCGAGACGGUCAAGGAGAUCCUCGUGGACAUCAUGGAUGACGACAUCUUUGAAGAGGAGGAGCACUUCCUGGUGCACCUGAGCGACGUGAGGCUGACGUCCCACCAGGAAGAGGAAGAAUCCCACGUCACUUUAGGUGUGUGCUCCACCGCCACCGUCGCCAUCUUGGAUGACGACCACGCGGGCAUCUUCAGCUUGGAGGAGGAGAUGCUGAGUGUGAGUGAAAGUGUGGGCGUGAUGGAGGUGAAGGUGCUGAGGAGUUCAGGAUCCAGAGGGCUUGUUCUGCUGCCGUACAGAACACUUGAAGGCAGUGCUAAAGGUGGAGGACGACACUUUGAGGACAAUUAUGGUGUCCUGCAAUUUCACAACAAUGAAAUAUGUCAGAACGUGAGCAUCCAGGUGGUGGCAGACGAGCAGUACGAGAAGAACAAGAACUUCUUCCUGGAGCUCGGUGAGCCUCGUCUGCUGGAGAUGAGCCAGAGAAAAGCUGUUCUCCUCCAAGUAGAAGAAGAAGAAGGUGGACUUUGCCCAACAGGUAAAGACAUCUACAGGAAGCUGCAGGAAGCAGACAGAGGCCACACCUCCUCCAUCUUCACCACCUCAGGUAGCCAGGGCGUGCCCACCAAGGAGGACCAGGGCGUGCCCACCAAGGAGGACCAGGGUGUGCCCACCAAGGAGGACCAGGGUGUGCCCACCAAGGAGGACCAGGAGAGGCGCAUCGCACAGAUGGGCCGACCUCAGUUGGGCCAAAACACCAAAGUGGAAAUCAUCAUCGAGGGGUCGUACGAGUUUAAGAGUGCGGUGGACAAAGUGAUGAAGAAGACCAGACUGGCCGUGCUGAUAGGAACAACAUCAUGGAGGCAACAGUUUCUGGACGCCAUAACAGUCACUGCAGGUGAUGAUGAUGAUGAUGAUAAAGAAGAAGAGAAGAAGGUUCCUUCCAGUCUGGACCAUGUUCUUCACUUCCUGACUAUCUUCUGGAAGCUUCUGUUUGCCUUAGUCCCGCCCACAGACUACGGCAGGGGCUGGCCCUGCUUCCUGGUGUCCAUCAUCAUCAUCGGGGUGUUGACCGCCUUCAUCGGGGACCUGGCCUCUCACUUUGGCUGCACCGUGGGCCUCAAGGACUCUGUCACCGCCGUGGUCUUUGUCGCCUUGGGCACCUCCGUACCAGACACCUUUGCCAGCAAGACGUCGGCCUGCCAAGACCAGUACGCCGACGCCUCCAUCGGCAACGUGACAGGAAGUAACGCCGUCAACGUGUUCCUGGGCAUCGGUGUGGCCUGGUCCAUUGCUGCCGUCUACCAUUACUCCCAGAACCAGGAGUUCAAGGUGGACCCGGGAACGCUGGCUUUCUCCGUCACGCUUUUCACCAUCUUCGCCUUCAUCUGCAUCGCCGUCCUCCUCUACCGGCGCCGAGCCGGGAUCGGCGGAGAACUGGGCGGGCCGCGGGUGCCCAAGAUGUUGACCACGGCUUUGUUCUUCAGUCUGUGGUUGAUGUACAUCAUCUUGUCCUCGCUGGAGGCCUACUGUCACAUCCAAGGCUUCUAGUCUGCUCCAACAGGGAUGCCCAGCUCUUGGUCACAUGACCAAACCCCGCCCCCAUGGGAACAUGUUUGGAUAUUAGCAUUAGCAUUAGCACACGCUAGCACACGUCUGUUUUGGAAUUUUUACUGUUCAAUAAAGAAACGUAUUCAGUUUUUGAAAACAUAUUAUUGACAUGUUAUUACGUUGUCCGGGGGCGUCUAUGUCCCUGGUAGGUCUCCCAUGACAAACA